AUGGCGGAAGCCCUCUCGCUGGCAGCCAAAGGAGGAACACGCGACACCGUUCAAGAUGUCAUCAAUGCCUGUCUCAGAACCUCGCUUCGGAGAAGGGCAGUCAAAGUCCAGGCUUACCUGCUCGACAAGGGCGCAGACGUCAGUAACGUAUAUUGCGGGUGGCUCUUCAAUGACGAAGAUCUGCUCGCCAAGCCUUCACUCGAGGCGAUUGAGAUGCUCGUCGCCCAUGGCUGGGAUAUUGACCAUCGGUCAUCUCGUAUAGACUGGCCAUUGCUGUGGUCCGUGGUAAGGUAUCACGAUCUAGUUGAGUGGUGCCUCGAUCACGGAGCCAGCGUAUAUCUGCCGGGCGACACUCCGCCACGAGAUGCCAGGGGCGUAGGCCAAGUCCCACGCAUAACUCUACUUGAGGCUGCUGCGAAGAGUGGUUCGGUCCCGACAUUCAAGCUACUGCGAGAGAAAGGCGCACCUUUCCACGUAGGCGUGCUACAUAGUGCCGUUGAACAAGCUAUUUCCAGCGCACCAUCUUACAAUGGCUCUGCCGACCCCUCUACCAGCGAUGUCUGGUUCAAUGAGCGCAUGGACAUGGUACGAUACCUUGUAGAUGAGGUUGGGAUCGACGUGAACACGGAAUGGUGGCGGCCAGGUCAAGCCGGCGCUACGCCAUUGGACAGGGUGGCUUAUCACGGCGGCGACAGCAAGGAUAGGAGAGAGUUGGUCUGGUUCUUGCUGGAUCGCGGUGCCGACCUAAACCAUGCGUCCGUGGCCAAAGAUGAUUAUUUUGGUGAUACUUCAUAUCUCAGUCCACUUGAGAUGGCUCAAACGGGUACCAGGAAGCGCUUCCUAGAGGCUAUUCAACAGUGGCAGCAACGACAGCGUAAUGUUACGACCAGAUGGAUUUAUAAGAUGUAA